AUGGGCUUGUGGCAUAAGGAAAGUCCAGAAGUCAAGGCACAUUUGGUGGAACUGGCAGCGGCACGAAACAACUUAGCAUUUGACGAUACAGGUGCGCCGGCGUUGCUCAUCCUUGCGUCGGAAAAGUGCAGACAGAAGUGUGCAGGUACCUCCGUGGACACCCGCAGCAACAAGGGACUAGAGCUGAGCCUGCGGUUGAUGUUCAAGGAAGCUGCAUGUUUUGCUUUGCUUGAUCAGUGGGAGGGGCUUUUGGCACAGCUCGAUCAUCUCCUACCUCCAUCGCUAGAAAUGGGUCUCCCCAGUGCUCAAGAUGAACUUUGCAAACUUUUGGUCAGCCUUGAUGCCAGAUGGGCGGAGUUUGAGCACCUGUACAUACUGGAGAUAAUGAGAGUUCAACACGAGGCCAAGGGCCUUGUUGCCAAAGCAAUGGAGGUGGAAGAAAUGCUGUCACAGUUGGAGGAGAAAAUUGGGAUUGACAAGGACCAAAGUGCUGAGUACGAGUUUCAUGUUGGUGCUUUUGUCGGUUGCAUUUCCCAGCUGAACGUCGCAGCCAACGUGAACCGAAAGACCUUUGACGAGCUGACUGCAGAUGUUUGGGAGAAUGCUGACGCCCUUCUAAAGAUGUGCGCCAUUGAUCCAGACACACCCUUGCAGGCAGUACGAGUGAUCGCCCAAGAGGUUCUGCAGUCCUUUGAGGAGCUGCGGCAAUGUUUGCGAGUCAUGCGCCAGGAAGACCCACAGCUGGAUGACCUCAACCCGCAGCUUUGCCACAAUGAGGACUUGGUGAAGACUUUAAUGCGCUGGGAAGAGGCCUGGAUAUCAGGAGCUCGAUAUAUCCAGACUCGGCCUGUCCUAGGCGCUCUGUGCAAGCUAGUGCCACGAUUGUUGAGAGCCACGCAGAUGUGCAGUGACUUUGCUUCGAUGUGUGCGAACUUUGAUGCAGAGUUGUUCUUGGUGCUGCCUCGAAUUGUGUGGCUCACGUACUUCGAGAGCAACGAAUCCCUCACACCGUUAAUUUCAAAUUUGUUGCCUCAUAGAUUUGUGCAAGUCCCUGUGUAUGCAGAGCUGCGGCAGCGGGCCGGGGAAGCACAGUUGCAACGUCUCCGUCGCCAGCGGAGUGAGCCUGCCCUCGGUGAAGCCUUAGAACCUGAGUUGGCUGUAUUGGGCACUGACGCCGCCCUUCGGUCAAUUCAAUCAAAGUUCAAUGAAGUGAAACUGGUCCUGCAGGGAAGUACUGGGCAUCGAAAUAGGUCUGACAGUGAGCUUGUCUGGAAUCUAUUGCUUCAGUCUGCCGUAAGCAAGGGGAACUUCGAUCAUUUUGACAUCAUUCCGCCUCCAAAACGCAGCACGGUCAUAUCGGCGGUAGAGGACCUAAUGCUUCAGCUUGAAAGUUGGAGCUUGGAGCUGCAACGACACUGCGCGGAGGAUUGGAACGAGUGCACCAAUGUCCUGGUGAAGUGCCUGUUGUGCGAGCAAGCGCUUGAGAGAAUCUAG